AUGGAGACCACAGUUUCUGAAAUCCAAGUAGAAAACAAGGAUGAGAAGAGAUCAAGGAAAGUUAGUCCUCAGGACAAGAGGCCAGAGAAAAGAGCGCCCCUGCUCUGCUUCAAGAGAAGGAAGAAAACAGCCAAAGCACCGAAGCCCAAAGCUGGCUCUGAAGCCGCCAAUGAAGCAGCAGCUACUGAUCAACCACAGCCCCCAAGAGGGGCCUGGGCCUCAUUCAAAAAUCUUGUGACACGAAGGAAAAGGUCAGAUUUUUCAAAGCAGCAAAAGCCUUUUGAGGUUAAAGUGCAAUCUAAAAUAAAUGCUGAGGACAUUGGUCGUUCUGAGAAAAAGGCAAAAUCCAGACUUCAAAUUCCCUGCAUAAAAUUCUCAAGAAGUGAGAAAAGAAGUAGUCAUUCCAAAGUUACACAACACUCAGACUGCAGCGUGAAAGUACAGGGAGAGGCUGAAAGUUUGGAUACAAAACCUCAGACUCGAUUGAAUGACCAGGCAACCGAGGCCAGGUCGUCCCAGGAUCUAAAUGAAGGUAUCUCACAGGAAGACGGUGAUGAGACUGGUGAAGCAAAUGUGAGCAACAGCUUAACUUCUCCUGCAGAGAAAGUGGUUUCAGUAGAACUUGGAUUAGAUACUGCACAUUCCGCUAUUCCCACAGAACCUCUAAUUCUUGAAAAAGACACUGAAACAAUCCAGGAAAAACGAGGUGUUCAGCAGGAGCAAGCAAGUCCACCUGAAACUUCAGAAACAGACCAUCAACUACCAGUGGUUUCUGAUGUUCCUCCCCCACCUGCAACCCCAGAUCAGCAAACUGUGGAAGAAGCCAGUAACGGUGUCCUAGAGAGUGGACCAAAUUGGAAAGACCAUGAAAGUACAGAGAUUGUAGCUGAAGAAUGUAAGCCUACAGAUACUGAAGUAAGUACUAGUGGAUCAGAUAUUAAAGAAAAUGGGAUCCAAGUGGAGAAACCCAAACCAGAAGAAAGCAAAAGGGUGGAGCCAAUUGCUAUUAUUAUUACAGACACUGAAAUCAGUGAAUUUGAUGUUAAGAAAUCUAAAAAUGUCCCUAAGCAAUUUUUAAUUUCAAUCAAAAGUGAGGAAGUAGGGGUUUUUGCUAACGAUAGUGGUUUUGAGAGAACUUCAGAACAAUAUGAAACGCUCUUAAUAGAAACCGCUUCUUCUCUCGUCAAGAACGCUAUCCAGUUGUCUAUAGAGCAGCUAGUUAAUGAAAUGAUCUCUGAUGAUAAUAAAAUAAACAAUCUUCUACAGUGA